AUGGCCAGCGGUGCACACAAAAACGACCCUUGCGAGGGAGUAGCUAAAGGCCUUAAUUCGCCGGAGCUGCGCAAGAACGCCACCAUACCGUUCGUGGACGAAUACGUCGAACUCGACCACGUGCGAACGGCCAAAGCGCACGAAGAGAAUGAGAGGGAAGAUACGGAGCCGCUGCUGCCGAAAGGGGAGAGGAAGAUACACUUAAGCGACCUGGGUCCAGUGCGCUCGCCCAAUACCGACACUAUAGUUGUAGACACACCCGAGGGGACUCUGUACAUAACCCUGGACCCGGAAUCGAAGUCCAAGCCGACCAGUCCGAGCACUGAGUCAACGGACCUCUCGGAGCUUUCACCGGGAACGUCGAAGGCGUUCGGCGCAUCAGAGUCCAGGGAUCUGAUCGCAAUGGAGUCCGGGCUGGAGCAGAGGCGGACGGGCCUCAGGAGGAAUUCCAUAUCAAUGCCAACGCUGCAGAAUCUCGAGUCGGAGGUAUUGAAGCAGCAGUACGCGGGCCCAGAGGAUGGGGUGAGUAGUUUUGGAGUUCUUUGCGGUUUUUUUUUCUAUACGAUCACC